GUACAGUGAGCGAGGGUGGGUUCCAGACAGACCUGACCCUGCUCUUUAUGAGCUUGAAUCUCAAUUUCUCAAUGGAUCUUGUAGGAUGUACGUGAAAAUCAAUCUCAUAAGCGAAUGCUUCUGAAACACCAGCGCAGUUCUUGACAGAUGCUGAAUAAGUCUCUGCUAUGGUUGUUGCAUGACCUUCGGAGAGGAAAGACCCCUGGUUGUCUGGGGUGGGGAAUAGCCAAGAUGACCCUGCAGGACACAGGGCAGAGGUCCAGUGUCUCCAGAGACCAUUCCUCCUCUGCUGCCUGCAGCUGAUAAACCUCUUAUCUGGCCCAGGCAGGGGAGCCCAGGGCCAGGAUAGGAGGAGAGGGCAGGGCUGCUAUCAGCCACCAGGCCUGGGCUGUAUCUCAGAGAAGGGGCGGGGCUGUCUGCUGGCUCUCCCCACAAGGCGCUCCUUGGGCAUCCCCAAGCGCUUGCUCUCAUCUUGGAAAGAAAAGACUGAGAUCUUAAAACUGAAGGCAGAGGAGGAGAGCAGAAGUGAUCCCCUGAUGUUGCAGCAGGAAACAGGCGGAAAGACACCCUUAAAUGAUGUGACUUCUGUCCUGGCCGGUGAUACGGUUUUGGGGACUAAGAAAUAGGGGAAGGAGAAGGCAUCUUGUGAAAAGAAGACAAACACCUACUGUGCUCCCAAAGGAACUGCCUACAGCCAGAGCAGACUGCUGGGACCAUUUGGGCUUUCGGGACCUUGGACCAGGCCCUGGCCCAGUAGGAUGCCCCCGUGUCCUCCCCAGCAGAGCAGGAACAGGGUGACACAGUUGCCCACUCCGGAGCUGGGUGAGAUGGAACUGACUUGGCAAGAGAUCAUGUCCAUCACUGAGCUGCAGGGCCUAAAUGCUCCAAGUGAGCCAUCGUUCGAGCCCCCAGCCCCAGUCCCGUACCCAGGGCCCCCGCCGCCUCCAAGUUACUGCCCCUGCUCAAUCCACCCGGAUGCUGGCUUCCCCCUUCCUCCACCACCUUAUGAGCUGCCAGCACCCACAUCUCAUGUCCCGGAACCCCCAUACUCCUAUGGCAACAUGACCGUACCAGCCUCCAAGCCACUGACCCUCUCAGGCCUGCUCAGUGACCCCCUCCCAGACCCCUUGGCCCUCCUGGACAUUGGGUUGUCUGCAGGGCCAUCCAAGCCCCAGGAAGACCCAGAAUCCGACUCAGGAUUAUCCCUCAACUAUAGCGACGCUGAGUCUCUUGAGCUGGAGGGGACAGAGGCUGGUCGGCGUCGCAGCGAGUAUGUAGAAAUGUACCCAGUGGAGUACCCCUACUCACUCAUGCCCAACUCCUUGGCCCACCCCAACUAUGCCUUGCCACCUGCUGAGCCCUCCUUAGCCUUAGAGCCCUCCUCGGGCCCUGUGCGGGCCAAGCCCACUGCUCGGGGGGAGGCGGGGAGUCGGGAUGAGCGGCGGGCCCUGGCCAUGAAGAUCCCCUUUCCUACGGACAAGAUCGUCAACUUGCCGGUAGAUGACUUCAACGAGCUGUUGGCGAGGUACCCGCUGACGGAGACCCAGCUGGCACUAGUCCGGGACAUCCGAAGGCGGGGCAAGAACAAGGUGGCCGCCCAGAACUGUCGCAAGAGAAAGCUGGAGACCAUCGUGCAGCUGGAGCGGGAACUGGAGCGGCUGGGCAGUGAGCGGGAGCGGCUUCUGCGGGCCCGAGGGGAGGCCGACCGGACCCUGGAGGUCAUGCGCCAACAGCUGACGGAGCUGUACCGUGACAUUUUCCAGCACCUGCGGGAUGAAGCAGGCAACAGCUACUCCCCUGAAGAAUAUGUGCUGCAACAGGCUGCUGAUGGGGCCAUCUUCCUGGUGCCUCGGGGGACCAAGAUGGAGGCCACAGACUGAGCUGGCCGGAGGGGUGGGACUGGUGAUGGAGGCUUCCUUCAUUCUCGUCUGAGAAAGGUUCUCUGCAACUCUGAGGCCCAGAAGGAGCUGAGUUCUGCAGACCAGGAGGGGGCAACCAUGGGCAACCCGGCAUUUGGAAGGUCCAAGGUGUGUUCAGUGAGGCUUGCCUGGAGGUGAGGAAGGGAGGGGAGGGCUGGAAUCUCUCUUCCGUGAUGCAGUUUCCCAGGUCUCCAAUCUCUUGUUUGAGCUUCGGUAUAUAAAGCGCUCUCCAGAAA